AAGAACACUCUAAAAGAUAACUCUUAUUGGAGAUAGUUUAACAUAGUAGGGGUUUUGAGAGUUUUGGUAAGGUGGCACACGUGGAAGCUGUGUGUUAUUAUCAUCAUUCAUCAUCGUCAUCCAUGAUUUCCUGGGAAACGGAACCCUUGUAGGUUGUAUCCCUUUUUCCUUUCUGGCUGUCUGCCGAUUCAAUUCAAUUCAAUUCGAUUAGUGAGUGAAGCAAGCAAGCUAGCUCAGAUGAACUCUUUGACUAUAAAACCCUCUUUUCCACCAAAAUCUUUACUUUCUUCCUCUUCUUCAUUUUCUUUCUCUCACUUACAUUCUUCGAUUUGGUUCCCGGUUAAGCCAAAAUAUGUAGGAAGAAGAUUGACUUUGAAGAUCCAAGCUUACGAUUCUUCCAAUCCUAAUGCCGAUUCCAAGCCCCCAAAUGGAGCUCUGCCAAAUAGUAGGAGAGAACUUCUAUUAGAGUACGUAAAGAAUGUUCAACCAGAAUUCAUGGAGGUUUUCGUGAAAAGGGCGCCCCAACAGGUUGUUGAUGCCAUGCGCCAAACAGUGACCAACAUGAUAGGAACACUGCCCCCGCAGUUUUUUGCAGUAACAGUCUCCACGGUCGCUGAAAAUCUUGCUCAGCUAAUGUACAGCGUCAUGAUGACUGGAUAUAUGUUUAAGAAUGCACAAUAUCGGUUGGAACUUCAGCAGAGUCUGGAGCAGGCUGCACUUCCUGAUGUCCAAGAGAAGAAGGAUGCACCAGAUUAUGCACCUGGGACGCAGAAGAAUGUGUCUGGUGAAGUUAUUCGGUGGAAUAACGUUUCUGGUGCUGAGCGAAUUGAUGCUAAAAAAUAUAUCGAGCUACUUGAAGCAGAGAUUGAGGAAUUGAAUCGACAAGUAGACAGGAAAUCUUCAAAUGGACAAAAUGAGUUGUUGGAAUAUCUAAAGUCUCUUGAGCCACAAAAUUUGAAGGACUUGACAAGUAGUGCUGGUGAAGAUGUUGUGCUUGCAAUGAAUACAUUCAUCAAGCGGUUAUUGGCUGUUUCAGAUCCUGCCCAAAUGAAGACGAGCUUAACAGAGACGACUGCGCCUGAACUUGCGAAGUUGCUCUAUUGGCUGAUGGUGGUUGGGUACAGCCUGCGUAACAUUGAAGUUCGCUUUGACAUGGAGCGAGUUCUUGGCACUCCUCCAAAGCUUCAAGAGUUGCCCCCAGGAGAAAAUUUGUAAGAAUUAUGGGGAGAGCUGCAUACAUAUGAAUUUAUAAAUUUUCUUAUGAUAGAGAAUUUGUGGUGAUUAUAUGUCUAAUUUAAAAUUAGCUUAGGAUCAAACUUAAUAUAUGACAAUUGUUGGUUUUUUUUUUUUUUUGGGAAACGAUUGUUGGGUUAGAGGGCAAAGUUUUUGCAUGCCGCACACCUUCCUCUAGUAUUUGGUGAAAUUUUUGUGUGUUUCGAAAACCAUCUUGUAAUAUUAAAAUUGAGUGUAAUUCGGAGUAAUUAUAAUAUCUGGCGUGUUUGUUUAACUAAA